CACCGAUUCGAGGCGACGCGCAAGCCCUCUUCAAUAUGAGCCGCACAGCUAAGCGUGAUAUACAAGGCUACAUCAUGGGGCAGUACAAAGCCGUGGACAAGUCUGGGCACGAACUGACCAACCCGACCGGCACAAAGUUUGUCUUCUGUCUUGGUCUCGACAAUGAUGACGUAUCGGAUUCGCUAGAACCGGAUGCAAAGAUAGCCUUGGAGGAGUAUGUUAAUGCAGAGGAGGACAACAACUUGAUAUUGAGCCCCGUUCGUCGCCUACGCCACGCGACAACAACGUCCCAGGAGGAGCCUCUGACGGAUUGCGUCGAGCAUUACAUCGAGGACUACACUGACGAUGGGAUAACGGUUCUUUCCACUAUCGACGAGGUGGAGGAAGAUGACCUUUCAGAUUCAUCCUCUGAUAUCACCGCCGUGGAGUUGUCGAACGUCGUGAUUGACCGGAAAGCCCGUCUCAUGCGCAGCCACAGAAUGCCGUCUCUUGCUCAGAUCAUCGCAAGCGCAGAUCCGAACGACCUUCCAUCUCCAGAAAAGUCUGAUACAGAAUCAGAUUCAGUCUCAGACUAUGGAGAUGACCUCGAGGACAUCACCCAGAAGGUCGAUUAUCAUCGGUUCCUCCCGCUGGCGGACUCGGACGAAGGCCUUGAAGAUAACAGCAAGCAGACUUCUUCGACUGAAUCUGCCACCGACACUGUUGUAGAUAUCGAGUACCCGCGCAACAACGACCACAAGAGCCUCCUCAAGCGCCACGACGGCAAAGUGUCCCUCGCGAGUCUUAUCGCCAGUGCGAAAGACGACGGCUUUCUAGUAGACGACGACCUCGACCCCGAUGAAGAUGCGGACAUAUCCCCUUCAUCACAUCGUCGAGUCUCGUACUAUUUCGCCGUAAAGCCAUGCCUCGAUCCACAAUUCUCGGGCCACGGCUCUUGCCAUUCCCACGAACAGCGCGCUUUUGGCCGCUCUGCAGCAUCUGCAGUUCGGACACUGCGCGACCGCUUCGUGUUCAAGCAUCAUGCGAACGGUCAUGCAAAGCGGCAUGGCGGGACCUAUAGAAAGUGGAAUGUGGCGAAGUGGGAGACGGGUGCGAUCAUGGUGCAUGGGCCCUCGUCUCUGCGCAACGAGGUCGUUUAUGAAGACGACGAUGAUGUUGAAGAGGAAGACGUCGAGGUCUCCAGUAUCUCUCUUCCAGUGGUGACACAUGACGGCCCUGGAGAUGGACUUAACUCUGUGUUGAGCAAUAGCUCCGAGGAAGACGUUGAUGGUCCUUCCUUUCGCGUUGGCGAAGGAUUCGAUGCGUCAGGCUCUGGUGAGGAUGAUGAGGCCGACUUCGUAUUUGAAGAGGGCGAUACGCUGCUUGAGGCAGACAUUGUUCAGGCCCCCAGCAGUCCUGUCGAUGAGAUCGUCGAUGAGUACGAACAUAUUCCUCAUGAUACAGAGAACAUCAUCCCGCACGAGGAAGAUGUCACAUUCGAGACACCACCAGGCCCGGUUGCCGCUGAGGAGGAGGUCCUAGAGGACUUUGAAAACGCUUUCGACGAAGGCGAUUCCGUCUACUUGGAUAAGGCUCGACAGGAUCAGGCAGCUCGAGCUGGGCGCAUGCGAAUCGAGACCUUCAACAAUGCAUCACGGGAACACGAGAACGAUGAUUCGUCGUCUAUGCACUACCAUACUGGACCCAUAUUGCUCAAGACCUUGAUCGAUAACGACGAAGAUAACAAGAACCUAUCUGCUCGCACGUCAAUCUUCUCGAACCAAACGUCCGUCACCUCGAAAUCAUCCUACGAGAGCUUUCAGCACAGCUACUCGCGGCUCAUAGAUGCACUCGACCUCGAGCGCGACGCACAUGAUUGUGAAGAUGGUUGCGCGGUCUGCAUGACUACUCUGCGAGGCUUCUCAGAUGCUAGUAUUGGUCGCUCAGCCGUAUCGGCAGACCAUACAGCGGCUAUGGGCAAUGGUAGAAAGCGCGUUAUUAGCUUACCACUGGUACCUUCGGCGAUGCAGCCCAACCAUGUGGCAGACGAGUCGGCGGCAUUCCUUCCAGUCGGUCAUGGGCCGGGUAUUCACCGUAGUCCUUCGCGACUCCGCAAUAACCUUGGUGUUCCGGAUACACCAAAUCGCAUCAACCACAAGCUUGAUAACCUCCUAGCGUACAUUAUCACAUCACAUGGGUCGGAGGAGUCGCCGGACGGCGCUCAAUCACACGUACCUCUCCCAAAUGUCGAAUCCGACACCAUCGAUCUAACAUCAGCCCCUGCGGCCUAUCAGCCAAUUAGAGUGUCUCGAACCAAGGAGCCUACCCACCCCGAGUAUGAUGAAUAUGCUGCGACUGCCGCCCACGGACAGGAGUACCCUACGCUCUUCAACGACGUCCCUUAUGAAUCACGCCAACCUCGCUGGGUCGGAAAGAUUAAGGAACAUCUCAGCAAGGCUCCUAAGAAGGUGCAACAGACUACACGCCGUUGCGUCAAGUCCACGAAGAAGCUCACCAAGACCGUUCGUUACUUUGUUCCGGUUGCCCUUUCCGCCUGCUCACCAUUUUAAGCGAUUUGGAUGCUUUCAAGGUGCUCGGCUUUUCUAUUCUUGGGAUACUGUUCCCUUCUCAUUGCUUGUAUCUUUUCUACUCUACAUCUUCAUAGUGCUACAUUUCCUUCAGUUCUUACUUCAUAUAAGGCAAUUCUCGGAAUCAGAUAGUCGCUCAGAGCGAUGAGGCAC